CUUCUCCGUGUAACUGAAAGGUUCCAUUAGUUUCCAAAUCAAAUAUUGUAGGCUUUCAAGCAAAGAAAUUUGUAAUGCAUCAGGAAAUGGUGUUUGGCCUUCUGGCUCUGCCCCCAUCCAAAUCCUUAUUACCUGUUUAAAAGCCUUGAUAACUAAAACUUGUACUUUGCUUUGGUUGUAGCUUGAAUAACCCAAACUAUGCAGCAUAAGACAAAUUACGUGCUGAAUAAAAGACAUGGUUAAUAACACGGAGAAAACAAAAACUGUAGUGCCUUUUGAUUCCAUUGACUACGUUCAACUUGCGAUUUACCCCGUUAUUCUUCUGUUUGGAUCAAUCGGCAACAUUCUGGUAAUACUCGUGAUAUGGAACAAGAAAAGACACCGGAAAAUCAACGACUACUUCAUUCUCAAUCUGGCGAUUAGUGACUUUUGGAUGGUCACAAUCAGCAUCUCCGUGGAUUUCUUCUUAAAGUUCCGCGAAUUUCCCUUCGGCGACUUGCUCUGCAAAGGAGUCUGGCCUCUAAUGACGAUGUGUUUAUUCGCAAGUGUGUUCACGCUGACAUACAUGGCGACAGAACGCUGGCACACCAUCGUGAAACCGCUGGCUCCAAGGCUCACAGUCACCAAAGUUUUAUGGGUCCUGUUUUUUACCUGGAUCGCAGGACUUGGGUGUGUUUCGCCCCUAACGGUAGUUGCCCACCAGAGAGGACGCCGUUGCACAGAAACCUGGCCUAGUUUCGCUAUGCGACAAGCAUAUACAGUCGCAGUUGUUUCGUUACAAUACGCCCUCCCCCUUUUUGUUAUCACAAUCGCUUACGCAAGAAUCGGUAUUUUCUUGAAGCGCCGCUCCCGCCUAAAAAUUUCGGACUCCAGCAAGCGCUCGGCUGCGGUGCUUCGUAGACAAGCAAACAACGCCAAAAUCAACAAAAACCUGCGCAUGAUAGUCACUCUUUUUGCCAUUUUUAUGUUGCCCAAACAAGUGUUAUGGCUUUGGUUAGACUUUGGCAACGGUGGGGAUUUCGAGCACUUUUCUGAUGUCCUGAGUUUCAGUGAGUUUCUGCUGUAUAUUCACAGUUCUACCAAUCCAGUCGUGUACGGUACUAUUUUGCAAGAAUAUCGUUCAGGGAUUUGCCAUUAUCUGAGGCGCAUAUUUCCUUUUUUGAGAUCCAGUUGUACCAGUGGCAUUCAAGUUCAUCCUGAGUCAAAAUUGAAAACUAACAAUAACAGUAACUCUAUGGCUCUGACAAGCUGAAAGUCAUUCCACCAAUAAGAAAGCUACAGGGGAUUACC